CGAAACGUGCGCAAGGCAGGCGGCGCGGAUCCGAGGGAGCCGAUCCUCCGCCAGAACGCGAGCCCGGGGCCUGUGUGGAGACAGGGCUGGUGAGAGACGGUCGCGAUGAAUACGGUGCUGUCGCGGGCGAACUCCCUGUUCGCCUUCUCGCUGAGCGUGAUGGCGGCGCUCACCUUUGGCUGCUUCAUCACCACAGCCUUCAAAGACAGGAGCGUCCCUGUGCGGCUGCACGUCUCACGAAUCAUGCUAAAAAAUGUAGAAGACUUCACUGGACCUAGAGAAAGAAGUGAUCUGGGAUUCAUUACAUUUGAUAUAAGUGUGGAUCUAGAGAAUAUAUUUGAUUGGAAUGUUAAGCAGUUGUUUCUUUAUUUAUCAGCAGAAUAUUCAACAAAAAAUAAUGCCCUGAACCAAGUAGUCCUUUGGGACAAGAUUGUUCUGAGAGGUGAUAAUCCGAGGCUGCUGUUGAAAGACGUGAAAACAAAAUAUUUCUUCUUUGAUGAUGGAAAUGGUCUCAAGGGAAACAGGAAUGUCACUUUGACCCUAUCUUGGAACGUUGUACCAAAUGCUGGAAUUCUACCUCUUGUGACAGGAUCAGGACAUGUAUCUGUCCCAUUUCCAGAUACAUAUGAAAUAACAAAGAGUUAUUAAAUUAUUCUGAACUUGAAACAACAUAUUUUUAUACUUACUGAAUUAUAUCUCAUUUAUCUCUUCCCUUUUUUUUUUUUUUUUUUUUUUUAGGGGGAGGUUGUUACUUUUAUUUGGUGUAAGAAUGUCAAAAACAUAUUUGAAGAGAAGGGUUAAACAGUUUUACAAACAACAAAGUCACCAGAGUGGAGUAUUAAAAAAAUAAGGCAACUACAUAAUAAGGAUUUGUAAAAAAUAUAUGUAUUUCAAGUAUUCCCUGUAUUUCCAUUAUUCUUUAUGGAAUAUAAAGUGAGCGUGAAGGGUUGUUAAAAACUUUCAGGUGCCUGUAGAGUCAUAAGAACUCUGAAUUUUAUGCUUUGCAUUUAUGAAAGUUCACAUUGGAUGUGACUUAGAUGUAGACAAUUCUUUUAUAUCUCUAAGGGUAUGUUAACUAACAGGAAAAAUUAAUACAGUUAUUUGUUAUAACCUUGGUUUACAAAAAGGCAGAAGAGUUAGAAUUGUAUUUCAUUUCUUAGGAAUACCCAUGAAACUUGUUUUUCUUAGAUGACUAGUAGCUUUCUCCACUUAAAGAAUGAAUACCUCUUUAUGUGCUGUAAAUCAUUCACACUCAUGUUAAAAAUCUCAAGUUGACCAAAUGUGUGUCUUUCAGUACUUUUUCUAAAAACCUUUGUUUAUACACCUUUGUAUAAUUUUUUAGCAUUGUUAUUGAAAGUUGAAAAUGUUUGCAUGGUUUACCCUCUAAGUUUGUUCUUGUGAGCAUGCCAAGUGCUACUGAGUGGUAAUUAUCUCUAGCUUCCUCUUGGUCCACAUAUUAAUAAUUUUUGAAGUAAUAAUAUUUGCAUUGUGGUUUUCCGUUUACAAAGCCCUCUCAUGUAUUUUGUUGUUAUGUUAUGCUCAGUACCUAAUGAGGUAAAUAGUGCCAAUCCUAGCUCUUUGCAGAUGAAAAAAGUAAAACCCAGAAGUUGAUUGAAUUGCUCCAAAGUAAAUAGCAAGGAAUGAAGUUAAAAUAUGAACUAAACUCUUCUGAUUCUCUAGCUUGUUCUUUCUCUUUUACCUCAGUUUAUAGACUAAGUAUAAUUCCCUCACAAUUUUCAUAGUAGUUCUUGUUACCUGGACACCCUUUCUAUCACUUCUAGAAGUGGUUUCUUACCUAUGUAGAAGUGACUGAUUUUGAAGCUGCCAACAACUCAGGUAGUAGUAGUAUCUCAUUCACUGCAUAAAUUAAUUUUAUUAUAAUAUAAGAAAAUAUAAAUGUAUGUAAAAGUAAUUUUGAGAUUAAUACAUAAUAUAUGAUUGGCUACUUAAUCGUAUUUCUUAUAACUUUUUUCUUUUGUGGGCAAAUAAGCAUCUCAAAGAUUGCAACUGCAAAUACCCUUAAAAGCAAGAUGAAACACUGCAGUUGUACUAUCAGCAGUAACCAAAAGGGCUAGUAAUAUUUUAUAAGAACAGUUUAAAUUGACUAAUACUUCUUUUAUUUACCUCAUGUGAAAUAUAUCACUGCUUAGUUACAUUCAUUUUGAGAACUGUUGUAUAUGGUUUUAUGGUUCACAUAAAAGCACGUGCAUAUGAGUUUUUCAAACUGGCAAGAAGGUCAAAGAUGUAGUAUCAUGAAUCCUAUACUGGGCUUGGCUUCCAGGCUUUGGAUUAAGCUUCAGGGUCUCAGUUUCUGUAUCUGAAAAUGACAGAAUUGGACGAGUUAACUUAAGUGGUGAUCCUUUUAAACCACACCUGUCUGUAAGAUUUUAUCUGUUCAGCAAAGAAAUUGAACAGAAAAGCACCUUAGAAAUAUAAAGAUAGGAGUGUGAUUGAAAGACGUAAUACAUAAUUCCUAGGGAUCUGACUUUAUUUCUGUUACUUUUUACUUCAUUUACUUUGUUACAUUUAAUUUCUUUUAUUUGUACAAACACUGGAUCUGAAAACUUAAAAUCUACAGGUGUCAUAGCUUAGAAAAACUGAAUGUGUUCUCAUUAAAGAAACAUUUUUGAUAAGCCUGCACUUUUAAGCAGACCUUAGUUGUGGUUUAAUAGUUCAUUACACUUUCAUGGUAAGUGGAUCUAUUAGUCUAGAGAUUAAUAUUGAUAUUUGAGUUGGAGUUUGUUUAUUUAGCAAGGCCAUAUUUUUGUAGUUUGGUGAGAAACAGAAGUAGGAAGGCUCAAUUAGCGCAGUGUGGAUAAAAGUUUUCAUUUUUACUUAACUAAGGGAAAUUGCUCAGGAUAAGUAUGCUCCAUCAUGAGAAUAAGGAAUCUGUCUCAGGAACUCAUUUUUGGGUGUGUACAGCUUUAUUAGUCUACCAUGAUUCUACAUUUUGAAAAAUUGACCUGUUUAGUUUGAUAACCAUAUUCUUAACUUUUACAGAAGUAUUGUUAAAUCCUUACAAAGAUCCAAGUCUUCAGACUAGUAACAACCUCAGCGUGACCAGAAAUGUCUGAGCCCAGAGAUAAUUCUGAAAAGAGAAUAAUUGCAAGACACUUACUAAAAUGACGCUCACUAGAAAUGAGUUCAUUUUAAUAUGUAGCACCGACAUACCCUUCUGUAGCAGCCUGGACAAGAGCUGAAUUAGUAUUUUUUAUUCCUGUAAUUGAUUAUAUUUUAGUUUCUUUCUGCUGAAAGGAAAACAAAAGGCUUCAGAAAUUCCUAAGAGUGAAAUAGAGAAACAGAACCUUUUGAGUUUUCUUUCCAGGAAUGAAUUUAGACUUUGGUGGGUUUGAUUGCCACUUAACCUAAGAACUGGGUUGUAAGAAAUGUAAACCUUUGGAUUUGAGGGCUAUAGGUUACUGGAGGGCUUUUAAAAAUACUUUGAAUCAACAUGUAAAGGGCUUAUGGGAGGGGGAACCAUAAGCUGUGAACUUUGUAACUGCACAGCUGUCCAUUUCAGAAGCUUUCCAUGCUUUUACAGAGGGCCCCUGUACAUUACACGAGACUGCCAGAAGUUUAAAGAGAUUACUUUCAAAAAGUUGCAUAUUUUUGAUGCAAUCUGGGAAACUACUUCAAAAAUACAGAAAAAUUCAUGAAAAUACUGACUAUAUGAGGAUUUUAAUUGCAAUAAAUAUUCAGCAUUUUUCUAAUGAAAAUUUUGUUUACAAGUAAAAGACUUUCAGAUUGAAGGUUUUUAUGCGAAGCUGUUGAAGUAAAAGUAAAAGGAAGAAACUAAGUCUAGUCACGUGUGGUGGUGCAUGCCUGUAAUCCCACCACUGAGGAGGCUGAGGCAGGAGGAUUGCGAUAGUGCGAGGCCAGCCUGAACUACAAAGUGAGACCUUGUCCUGAAGAAUAUAUAUAAAGAAAUUGAAACCAAAUCUAGUAAACUUGUAUUUUGGGAGGUUGAAUGAGGGGAAAGGUUACUCCUAAAAUAUGCAGAGACCUUGCACCUAGACUGUAAGCCCUGUGAGGGCAGGCUGUCGGAUUUAUCUUUGUAUGUUCCCCAGCACCUAGCAGAGUGCUUUGCACAUGAUAGGUGCGCAAUAAAUACUGAUCUUAAAGUCACUGUUUCUAAUGUGACUAAACUA